AUGCAAAAUCAACGAUAUCUCAUCAUUGCGACUAUUGAUAAUAUUUAUACACAAAAUAAAUCUAUUGAUCAAAAUCAAUAUCUUGCCUAUAAUCGUGAUUUUGUUCCAUCACGUAAUAUGCCAUUGAGUUUAUUUUUAUCGAGUGAAACAUCGUCGAUUGAAUUCAAUUUAAUCUAUCAAAAAUUACCAGCAAAUGUUACAAUCACGAGUGGUGAACAAAAAAGUGCAAUAGAAUUUCAAUGUGAACCAACAAUGACUAUUAGUCGUGUUCAUGAAAUUGUUUGUCAAUUAUGGAAAUUAAAUAGACAGCUCUAUAAUGUAACUCUGUUGGAUGAAUCAACUAUGGAUCGAGAUGAACUAUUAAGUGAGAUUGGUGAAGCUAUGGAUGACCUAAAAUUGAAAUUGAUUUCGACUGCUGAUGUUAAAUGUGCUAUUACUUAUCAAAAUGAAACAAUUACGAUUUCAGCCACAGAUGAUACAUCUUUAUCUUCGAUUAUGAAAGAGGUCUUAGAAAAACUUUUGAUUUCAGUAGAUGACAUAGAAAUGUUUGAAUUUCAAAUGUUGGACGAAUCGGAAAGUUCAAUUAAUGUUGAUCUUGAUUCAACCGUCACUGAAAUUCGUACAGAUUUUAACAUUACAUCCGAUACUCUACCAUUUCAAUUAGUAAAGAAAGAAGAUGAAAAUUAA